UGCGGGAAGCAGUCGAGUCCUUUUGGGCUUCUGAUGCGGUUCGGGACCCGCGGCCAGCGCGGCUAUGAACUUCUCAGAGGUUUUCAAGCUCUCCAGCCUGCUCUGCAAAUUCUCCCCGGACGGCAAGUACCUGGCCUCCUGUGUCCAGUACCGGCUGGUGGUCCGGGAUGUGAGCACCCUGCAGAUCCUGCAGCUGUACACCUGCCUGGACCAGGUGCAGCACAUGGAGUGGUCGGCAGACUCCCUCUUCAUCCUGUGCGCCAUGUACAAGCGGGGGCUGGUGCAGGUCUGGUCUCUGGAGCAGCCAGAGUGGCACUGCAAAAUCGACGAGGGAUCGGCAGGGCUGGUGGCCUCGUGUUGGAGCCCAGAUGGGCGCCACAUUCUGAACACAACCGAGUUCCACCUGCGAGUAACGGUCUGGUCCCUGUGCACCAAGUCCGUGUCCUAUAUCAAGUACCCCAAAGCCUGUCAGCAGGGAAUGGCGUUCACAAGGGAUGGCCGCUACAUGGCCUUGGCCGAGCGGCGGGACUGCAAGGACUUCGUGAGCAUCUUCGUGUGCAGUGACUGGCAGCUCCUGCGGCACUUUGACACCGACACCCAGGACCUCGCAGGGGUGGAGUGGGCCCCCAAUGGCUGCGUGCUGGCCGUGUGGGACAGCUGCUUGGAGUACAAGGUGCUACUGUACUCCCUGGAUGGCCGCCUGCUCUCCGUGUACUCCGCCUAUGAGUGGUCCCUCGGCAUCAAAUCUGUGGCCUGGAGCCCCAGCAGCCAGUUCCUGGCCAUCGGGAGCUAUGAUGGGAAGGUACGUCUCCUGAACCACGUGACCUGGAAGAUGACCACGGAGUUUGGGCACCCUGCAGCCAUUAGCAACCCCAAGACAGUUGUGUACAGGGAGGUGGAGAAGAGCCCGCCACCAGGGCUGGGCCACCUGUCCCUCCCGCCGUCCCGAGCAGGUGCCCGGCCCCUUACCAACGCCGCUGCUUCAGAGAGCAAAUAUGAGGUCGCCUCUGUGCCCAUCUCCCUGCAGACCCUGAAGCCGGCUGCUGACAGGGCCAACCCCAGGAUGGGUGUAGGGAUGCUGGCCUUCAGUCCCGACAGCUACUUCCUGGCAACCAGGAAUGACAACAUCCCCAACGCCGUCUGGGUCUGGGACAUUCAGAAGCUGAGGCUCUUCGUGGUCCUUGAGCAGCUGUGCCCCGUGCGCUCCUUCCAGUGGGACCCACAGCAGCCGCGGCUGGCCAUCUGCACAGGGGGCAACAAGGUCUACCUGUGGUCGCCGGCGGGCUGUGUGUCUGUGCAGGUGCCCGGGGAAGGUGACUUUCCAGUGCUCGCUCUCUGCUGGCAUUCAAGUGGGGACUCGCUGGCCCUCCUUGGCAAGGAUCACUUCUGCCUCUGUUUCCUGGAGACGAGCAAGGACGUUGGGGCAGCCUUCGGACGGCGGGACAGCUGCACGUAGGCCGGGGUGGGACGCCUGGGGUGGACUCUAUUGGAUUCUAUUUUUCUAUAACGACGCUUUUGUAAAUAUGUACGGUAGA